AUGGCUUUGAGUAAUAGAGACAGAAGAAAUGGAUUAAUCCUUUCAAAUUCAUACCGCAGUACCCAGCAAAGAUCUUAUGGGAAAUUCAAUAAAAGAAAAGCCAAAUAUAAUCUGAAUGAUAUUGUCCUGGAUAUCAAUAAGGAUUCAAAUACAGAACAUGAUGGUGGUAUUGCAGCUGAUUUUGAUAUUUCAAACGAUUCUUUCAAAAUGACUGAUGAUGAAGAUGAUGAAGAAAAUACUCCUAUUAAUGACGAGGAAGCUGAUUUCAACAAGAAAAUUUUGGAUUUUGAUAAUGAUAUGAUGAAUGCUUCAAGUGAUGAUGAUUUUGGUGAUGAACCUUAUGGAAGUGCUCAAAUAAUAAAUAUUGCAAUUUCUGAUAAUGAAGAUAGUGAUAUAAUUAUGGAAAGUCCAGAAAAAAGGAAACCAAUUCCACAAUUAACCACUAAUAUUGCUCCCGUUUCAAGUACACCUCAAAAAAAUCGUGCAACUUCUAGAAGAGAAUCAAAACCAUUACAAGAUCUUUCAUCUUCUCCUAAAAUCAAUAACAAUAUUAAUAUUGAAGCUAUUAACGAUAAAAGAGUUCCAUUAGGUCCUGCACCAAGUUUCCAAAGAAAUAGCUCUGCUGGGUUACAACAGUUUAGAAAUAGAAAUUCAUUAAAUUCAAAUAGUUCCAAAAGAUGGUCUUUAUUAUCGUUCAAUAAUGAAUCUUUGGAAAAAGAAGUUUCAUCAAAUAACAAAUCUAAAAGAUUUUCAAUGGCUUCAACUCAUUCCACAACUUCUACAACAAAAGAUAAAUCUAAGAGAUUUUCAAUUGCAUCAACAUCAUCUCUUACUGAAUUGAAUAACCCAAAUAGAAACAAAAGAUUCUCAAUGGCAUCAACUCAAUCAACUUCUUCAGGUAAUUCUCUGAAAAAUGUCAUCAAUAAAGUUGGUAAUGUACUUUCAUCUGUUUCAGUUAGUUCAAUUGAAGAUACAAGUGAAUCAAAUACCCCAUAUAAAUCUGUUCAACCUGGUGUUGUUGGUGAACAACAACAACAGAAGAGAUUCAGUACAUCAAGUUCAAUUUUAGAAAAUCAAUCUUCACCAUUACCAAUGAGAACUUAUAGUCAUGCUAGUACAUCUUCAACAAAUAUUAAUAUCAAUACAGCAUAUCAUUCAAGAGAUAAAGAAUAUACAAAACAUACAUCACAACAACAACAGCAACAGCCACAAGUUUUACAUAGAAAACCUUCAUUACAACCACCAUCAUUAUUGGAACCACAUCAAUCAUCACAAACAUUGUCUUCUUUAUCAAGAAGAAAAGAAUCAGAUGCUUCAAGUAUGAUUAGUACUUCAAGUAUAAGAACUAGUAAAUCAAGAUUUAGACUGUCUUCAAUUUUUUCAAGUAAAAAAACUGAACUUGGUAAUAAUGGUAAUGGUAGUGCUAUUGCAAAUGAUAAUGAAUCAAUUAGAUCUCUUAGAGGUAAAUCAUCAUUUAGUGAUAUGAGAAAAUCAGUUUUAUCAAUGUCACCAAGUAAACAUAAUUUAUUUAGAUUAGCAAGAAAAGAUAGUUUAAAUGAUUUAAAUAAAAAAUCAAGUUUGGAUAAAACAAUGAUUUCAUUACCAAAACCUGAUACAAAUUCAAGAGAAAAAUUGAAAACAAGAUUAAGAAAUAGUUCAUCGAUUAUUUCAAUUAAUUCUGUUAUUUCAAGACAACCAACUAAUCAAACAAUGGUUUCUUCUGCAAAUUCAAACCCAACCACUAUAAUGACUUCAAAUGAAUAUGAUUCUAAACAAUUGAAUAAAUUAGUUACAUUAACAAGUUAUCCAGAAGUUUUAAAUUUUAAUAAUUAUAUUUCAGUCUCUUCAAAUGCAAAUAAUCAAGUUUUAAUUAAAUUUGCCGAAGCUUCAUAUAGUGAAGUUUAUCUGUUGAAAAAUUAUCAAACUAAUGAGAUUUUAAAAAUUUUCAAAAUCAUACCUUUUGGUGAUGGUAAUUUUGAACAACCUUCAAUCGAUAAUGUUAUUCAAGAAUUGAAAAUUACACAAAAAUUAAGUACAAUAGAUGGAUUUAUUAAAUUGAAUGAAGCAUCUGUUGUUAAAGGUAGUUAUCCAAGAUUAUUAUUAAAGUUAUGGGAUGAUUUUAAUGAACUGAAAGAAAGUGCAAAUUAUAGACCUGAAUAUGAUCAAGAUCAAAAAUAUUUAAUUAUGGAUCUAGAGUAUGGUGGUAUUGAUUUAGAAAAAUUUCAAAUUAAAUCAUGGGAACAAUCUUCUAAAAUUUUUUGGGAAAUUGUUAAAACUUUACAAAAUGCUGAAGAGAAAUUCCAGUUUGAACAUAGAGAUUUACAUUGGGGUAAUAUUGUUAUUAAAGAACAAGAGUUAAAUAAAGCACCAAUUUCAAAUGAAGAUGAAGAUAUUGAAGAUGUUAUGAGAGAUUUAUCAAUUAUUGAAGAAGAACAUGGUAAUGAACAACAGUCAGCACAAGGACUUGAAGUCAAAUUAAUUGAUUAUACACUUUCAAGACUGAAUGGUGAUGAAAAUGAUGAACAAGAUGUAAUUUUCACUAGAUUAGAUCAUCAAGAUUUUUUCAAAGGAUGUGGAGAUUAUCAAUUUGAUAUCUAUAGAUUUAUGAGAAAUGAAAUUAAAUCAAUUCAAAAAAGUUCAAGUUCAAAAGAUGAAAUUGAUUGGUCAUUAUCAAGUUUUAAAAAUAAUUUGUAUUGGCUACAUUAUUUAUUAGAUAAAUUAUUAUUUCAUAAAAAAGAUUAUAUAACUUCAAAUCAUAAUUCUAAAGAUGAUCAAUAUUAUAAAAAUUUACAAUAUGUUUAUAAAUCAUUAGAUCCAAGAAGAAAGAAAUUAAAUAAUGAUUCAAUUCCAAAUUUCCAUAAAUCAAUUAAUGAAUCAUCACUUUCAAAUAAAUCAAAUAAAAAGAGACAAGUUGUUUAUUUCCAAGAUUUCCAAAAUUGUUCUGAUGUGUUGAAAUUUGGUGAAUUUUAUGAAUUAUUAUGA